GCAAGGCUGGGAAACAGUCAGAAACACUAUUUUGUGGAUGAUUUGAAUGCACCUUGCGGAUGUAGCACUAGAGGUUGGAAUAAACAGAAUUAAACUGGAAUAACUUGUUUGUUUACAGCGGAGUUUCUUCCCGCUUUCCACAGAUUAUGGCGGCUGGUACCCACUCUCCUGGAGGGCCCAAUGGAAUCAUUCGAAGCCAGUCAUUUGCUGGUUUCAGCACACUGCAGGAGAGACGAUCACGGUGUAACUCGUUCAUAGGAAACACGGUAGUGCAGAAGAAGCCAAUCUCCAAACCCAAAAAGGCCCAUCUGUCUGGGCACAAAUCCAGUGGCAGCGGCAGCAGCUCACAUGAGCCGCAGCCUAAGAGAGUGGAGGAGGUGUAUGGAGCUCUGAAACAGGGUCUGAAUGAGUAUCUGGAGGUGCACCAAGUAGAGCUGGAUAAACUCACCUCUCUGCUUAAGGACAUGAAGAGAAACUCCAGACUGGGAGUGCUAUAUGAUCUUGACAAGCAAAUCAAGACUAUUGAGCGAUAUAUACGACGGCUAGAGUUUCACAUAAGUAAGGUGGAUGAGUUGUACGAGGGCUUUUGUAUACAGAGGAGGCUGCAAGAGGGGGCAAGUAAAAUGAAACAAGCUUUUACGGCCUCACCUUCUACUAAAGGCACACGAGAAAGCCUGUCUGAGGUCAACCGCCGCUACAAAGAAUACACAGAGAACAUGGGCACUUUUAAGGGGGAGUUGGAAAACCUGCUGGGAGAAUUCCAUAUCAAAAUGAAAGGUUUGGCUGGAUUUGCACGGCUCUGCCCAGGCGAUCAGUACGAAAUUUUUAUGCGGUACGGACGGCAGCGCUGGAAGCUGAAAGGCAAGAUUGAGGCCAAUUCCAGGCAGAGCUGGGAUGGAGAGGAGAUGAUCUUUAUGCCUCUUAUAACAGAUCUAAUCUGCAUCAAGGUAACUGAGCUGAAAGGACUUGCCACUCAUGUUCUAGUGGGCAGUGUUAUUUGCGAGACCAAGGACCUGUUCACCGCCAUGCCACAGGUGGUAGCUGUGGAUGUAAAUGACCUCGGCACCAUCAAAUUAAACCUUGAGGUCACGUGGUUUCCGUUUGACGUGGAAGACCUGACGCUGUCUUCUGGUAAUGUGAGCAAAGCCACGGCCCUGCAGAGACGAGUGUCUGUGUACAGUCAGGGCACACCUGAGACCCCUACAUUCCACAACGACACAACGUUCUUUUCAACACUGCCUGAUGAUGUUUUCGAGAACGGUGGCUGCGGUUUGGCCGAAUACAAGCGUCUGUCCUUCACCUUUUCUGACACACCUGCCUCCAGCCAGUUGAACCCUGAGAUCACAGUAACGCCCCCUGAGACAGAUCCAGCCCUUCAUCUUCCUCCAUCAGAUUAUCAUCCUGCUGAAGAUGAAGAUAAUGAGGAUGAGAGCACCAGCAUCAGUGCUAGCCUGGCCAGUGCCAGUGAGGCAGAGUCAGAGCGUGACUGGGAACGGGUGGAGUGCCAGGGACCUGGGUACGACUCUGCAGCACCCUCAGUUACGUCAGAUGGCCAGCUAUCGGCCGUGGGGCCUGAGGACGUGGUGUUCCUGGAGCCUGGCAGCCAUGAUGACAGCUCAGAGCUGAAGCCUGUGGAGCUGGAUGGAGAGGAGGGCAGUCUGACCCGGCAGCUGGUGAGGAGACUCACCUCGUCUGAGAUCCUUCCUGAGUCUGCCACAGUAAGCUGGGCUUCAGAAAGCAACCUGGAGGAGAACAUUCACAGCCUGCUGAUGAGACUGGAGAGCAUAAGCCAACGCUGUAGAGAGCUGCAGGACCUUGAGCAGGAAGUAAUGAAGCUGGAGGACCUGCUCAAGUGUCGAGGUCCUGCUCACCAAAGUUGCUCGUCCAGCCUCAGUCUGACUGUGGAGAGUGCACUUGAGAGUUUUGAUUUUCUCAACACAUCUGACUUUGAUGAUGAAGACACCGGGGAUGACAAUGCUACCGUCUCACGCUCCGUCUUUUUUGAUAUGGAGUCAGAGAGGAUGGGGCCUGGCAGACAUCCAGAGGCUCGGGGUCAUCUGAGCGAAGCCCUGACAGAGGACACUGGGGUAGGAAACAGCGUGGCUGGCAGCCCCCUUCCACUCAGCACAGGAAAUGAUAGUCUGGAUGUGGCCAUCAUCAUACAUCUACAGUAUUGCAACCACCUUGUACAGCUGCUGAUGUCAGGAGGAAGCACAGGGCAGCACAAGGCACGUUUGCACAAGCUUGCACUCCAAACUCUUCUGCUGGAGGAGCUGACCGAAAACAGCAUCGAGUGGCUUGGCAGCAUCAGCUCAGCUGCUGAUGUGCUGCCUGGGCUGGCCGAGCGGCCGGAGUUGCUGGCUCUGUGGUGUGAGUGCAGCGGUUCUGGAAGCCUCUUCCACACCACAUUGGAGCAAGUACUGAAACACAUGCAGCUCUGCUUCUCUGCAUCGCUGCAGGAGACUCACCCUUACUGCACAGACUCAGUAAUCAAACUGGUGGUAAGUGACAUGGUGGACAGGAGCGAGCCGGCCACCUUCCCCACCUCUUCUCUGGCCCAAGAUGUGCUGACAGUGUUCCAGUUUCACAGCUACACCACUGAGCACAAUUUCAGUGAUAUGCAGCAGCACUUACUGGAUGUGGCGAGAGAGGCUGAGUUUGCAGAGCAUCUGGGUUCCACUGAUGUUGAGUGUGUUGUAAAGGAGAUGCAAGAGAUGUCCGUCACCGUCCUGCAGCCCCGUGCACACACCUUGCGAGCACUGGCAAGACUACUGACUUCUGAUGACUCUGAUCUCAGUAAAGCUGCCUCUGCGUUUCUCUUUAAUGCUGCUUCACAUCCACCAUUUAGAUCGAAGGCAGUGGAUUGCUACACACAGGCCUUAUCAGAAGCAGGCGUGCACACACAGAGAGCAGCGUGUAUGGCACUAAGCUGUCUGCAGGCUGUAGAAAGUAUUAGUGCAGUUGUUACACUGUGUGACUCGGCUGAUGAGGAGCUUCGCCAUGUUGCAAUAGAGACUCUGCUCACAUUUGGUGAGGAGGGUCGGCUGGCGUAUGAGCAGUUAGACACUGUACCAAGGGAGAUGGUGCGACUGGGCACACGCCGUGGCACCGCCGUCACCACUGCCUUCUAAGAGGAGCUCAGAAUCAAAACUCUACAAUUACCGUUACCAUGCCCUGAAUCUAGCCGAGAUGUUCAUCGUCUCUGACUAAGUGUGCACAGGCUGGGAGAACUGAGGUGCUGUUCCUCCAGCACAUACCACGACUCCUCGCUCAGGCUUCUGAAGCCACCUUCCCUUCAGUUCAGGCAGUACUACUUCAUCCACUGCUACUAAUGAUGAUGUUUUUUUUUGUUUUUUUUUAGUUAGAGGUACUAAGUAGUGCUGAAUUUGCACUUGUCGAAGGCGUGUACAUAAGCACAUGAUUAUCCGUCUAUUGCGUGGCGGCAUAUACUACCUAAAGUGCUGACCGUUUUUCAGUCAUACACCCACCUCACCCUCAGUUGUGUACAUGACGUUAAGCUUCAGGGAUACGGACAGACCACCUCACAGUUUGCAGGUUGUGUAGUGUGUAGCUACGCAAGAAGAGUCUAGCUUUGAAAGGUCGCCUGUAUGUAUCAUUUCUAUACCAAAGGAUGCAUUCUGGGCGUGGCAGCAUGAGGCGCUGUAGCGUCUGUAUUACUUCCUUUAUCCUUAGGGUGAGUGUGUUUAUGUCAUGGCAAAGCAGUUUGAGGAAUAAUCUUGCUCUGCGGUACAAACCUGUUUCUAACAGACAUAUUUGGGGCAGUUGUGACUACCCGGUGGGUAGGGUAGUGGGGUGUAAUGCCUUAGCACUGCCAGUUAAUUGUAGAUUCUUCAUUUUACAGACAGGCUAAGGUACAGCCCCUAAGGCACAGAUGGGUAUAGCAUAAAUUGUAAAGAAUCCACAUUAGGUAUGUACAACAAAGCCACAUGCGAUUUGGCAUUGUAUCCAGUUUUUAUAUUUUACCAUAUAAAAAAUCUCAAAUCUGCUUAUCCAGACCUGUAUUCAGUAGGUAACAAUCACAUGCCAAGCUGUAGGGAUGAGUAAUCAGGGAUCAGUAUUGCCUUGCUUGGAAUAAUUAGCAGUGUGAUUGUCCACUAUUGACUGAAGUAACUUGCUUCUUCAGUGUUACACUGCACGCUAUGUAUUGCAUUAUUUUAAAACUAAUGCCCUGCUGAGUGGUGCAGACAGACUAAUGUGUGUGCGUGAAUGUGUGUGUGUCCGAGUAGGUGAUUGAGUGUAUGUGUUUAAAGGCACUUUUGGGUGUUUUAGAAGUCUUAAUGGAUUAACUGUGAAUUUGUUGUCAAGCUUCAGUGAAGAAAUACAGUGCUCUGUGAUCCGCCCAGCUUCUGUGCCUAUCAUAACUGUACUGAGUCACAUUGUCCACUGUGACGUUGCUUUAUUUAUUAUGUUUUAAUAUACUUAUCAUUUUUUCCCUUAUAUUUACACAUACAUUCAGAUAAAUCUGCAAUAUACUAAACAUACCACUUUUUCUACAGUAUUUUAAUUCUUGUAUUUUUAAUGCUUGCUGCACAGUUACUUAUAGGGUUGGUUUCACAGACAGGGAUUAAGCCUAGUCCUAGACUACACAGCAUUUUGAAUGGAGAUUCUCCAUUUAAAGCAAAAUGUAGUCCUGGACUAGCCUUAAUCCCUGUCUGGG